ACGUCUUACCCAAACGACUACCCUGCAAAAAUAUUGAAGUCCUAGCUAAUGCCAACCGUCGGAUCACUGAUGUUAAUGUCCACAAUUGGAAGUGUAGGCCGCUUGACCAGAUCAAGCACGUGAUCGUCGAACCUGGCUAGAGAUCAUCCUGAUUCUACUCUCACCAGUUUCUCCUCUAGCACACUCUUCCUACCCUCUCGAACCCUAAUUCCGGAACUCACUUGUGAGCUCCUCAUUCUUCCAUUCUGCGUCGAAUCUCAGGAAGGUAAGCUAAUUUGAUAGCUGCUGAUCUCCCCUCCAGCAAUUCUCAAGUUCCUAUUUCGUCAGAUUGUUUCUUUCCCCGGUAAUUUACUGCUCCUCACAUAGCUCGGCGGCUUGUUUAGUAGGUUAUAAAUUGGUUUUGAAGUAGGAAUUUAUGUUACGGUUAGUAGAUUGACUUCAAAGUAUGAGGUGAUUAGAGUCGGACAAAUUUGGCAAGUCGGUUUGGCGCAACUAAAAGGUUAUACGGCGCUAGUUGUUUUAGGUAAUCCUACCAAAGGAGGUUUUAUCUGGACUGGUUGGCUGCGAUGGUAUAAUCUGGGACUUAGAUGGCCAAUCACUGCCAGUGUUUGAUCCAAAUGGUUUGGUGUAGGCUAGUGAGUAAAUCAACUAGGAUAUGGAUUUGGGGUUUUGAGGACUUCGUGUAUUUGAUUAGUAAUACACAAUGAGCUCAAGUUCUGUGUCAAAUUGUUUACAUUGGCAAGUAUUUAAGGUUUCAUUGGGAGUUAGAAUUAGAGGAAGCAGGGAGUGAGAGGCUCUUUGAGAAGCUUUAUCUCGUUUCGAUGGGCCACCUCAAACUUUCAUUUCGACUGUUGCAACACGAUUGAACUUGGCCACCUCCCCUAGUGUCAGUUCUGCUCAUUAGAGUAGUCUUAUCCUGACAGCGUGGGUGUAUCCAGUUGCUAUUGUCUUCGUCGUCACAGAUUGUUACUUUAGUGGAGCUGUAUGAACUUCACCUGAAAUCUGUGUGAUUCCAUCUACUUCUUAUUUUACGAUGUUGGGAAAGUAUAGUCUUGUCCUUGCAUGAGAGGGUCGUCGAUUGUACAAGAUUCUUUCUCAUGUGUGCACUGUACAACAUAUGAAUUUCUCAGAUAUUUAACUUCUUGGAAGUGAAACAAUGGUACUCAUGACAAAUUCUAUUGCAUCUUUGUGGUCUUGUUCUUCUGAUAACUAUCUUCUUUUGUCACUGUUGGAGUUUGUCAUAUUUGAUUAUACCAUGUCUGCAUAGUCACAUGCAUAAUUAUGUAUAGUUACUAUUCACGUUAGCAACCUAAUGAAUGGUUUAUCUUAACUUAAUGUGUGAUGCAGUUGGUCCUUUCAAGAGUGCUCAUGCAAGUCUUUGAAUUGGUCAUUUGAACAAUCUUGAAGAAAGUGGGAUCAGAAUAAAUGGAUUCAGUACCUGCUGAUCCAUCAGCAAAGUCUCCUGAGAGACAACCCACUGCUCCAGUAGAUUCCGGAUCAGAUACUUCUGUGCGUGAUGUUCCAUCUAAGUUGUCUUCUUGGGCUAGAAGUUUCAAAAUCCCUCAGCAGUUGACUACCACAGUCGACGAUUCCCCUACUGGAGGUGCUGGAAAAUCAACUUUUUCACGCUUCACAAGUGGUUUCGGGUUGCGGUCAUCUCCAAAAUCACCUCCGGCAGAUGAGGGUCAUGGACCUGAAGCGGCUUCUGGCUUCAUUGGAACAAUUACCAAAGGUUUAGUUGAUACAUCUAAGAAUGCAGUGAAAGUGGUACAAGUCAAGGCUCGGCAUGCUGUUUCUCAAAAUAAGAGGAGAUACCAGGACGGGGGAUUUGAUCUCGACAUGACCUAUAUCACUGAAAAUAUAAUUGCUAUGGGAUUUCCUGCUGGUGAUAUGAGUUCUGGUUUUUUUGGCUUUGUUGAGGGGUUCUACCGUAACCACAUGGAAGAAGUGAUAAAGUUUUUCGAAAUGCAUCACAAGGAUAAGUACAAAGUAUACAACCUUUGUUCUGAGAGGCUUUAUGACGCAUCAUUAUUUGAAGGAAAGGUGGCUAGUUUUCCGUUUGAUGACCACAACUGCCCCCCAAUUCAACUGAUAAUAUCAUUUUGUCAUAGUGCUUACUCAUGGUUGAAGGAAGAUAUUGAGAAUGUUGUGGUUGUCCAUUGCAAGGCUGGAAUGGCAAGGACAGGGCUCAUGAUUUCUAGCCUUCUUCUGUACUUAAAAUUCUUUCCUACAGCAGAAGAGUCCAUUGAUUACUACAAUCAAAAGAGAUGUUUUGAUGGAAAAGGACUUGUUCUACCCAGUCAAAUUAGAUAUGUGAAGUAUUUUGAGCGUACCUUGACAUACUUCAAUGGUGAAAACCAGCCUGGCCGAAGGUGCAUGCUGAGGGGAUUUCGGCUUCAUCGGUGCCCUUACUGGAUCAGGCCUGCUAUAACUGUUUCUGAUCAUAAUGGUGUUCUCUUUUCUACGAAAAAGCAUUCGAGGACCAAGGACUUGUCGCCAGAAGACUAUUGGUUCAGUGCGCCGAAGAAAGGAGUUAUGGUAUUUGCUCUCCCAGGGGAGCCCGGUCUGGCAGAGGUGGCUGGAGACUUCAAAGUCCAGUUUCAUGACCGCCAGGGAGAUUUUUACUUUUGGUUAAACACGACAAUGAUGGAAAACAGAAAAGUCCUAAACACGGGUGAUAUCGACGGUUUUGACAAGAGGAAACUUCCAUCACCAGGGUUUCAAGUUGAGGUGGUUCUAGUUGAUGCUAAUAAUACCACUGUUCUCCCAGUGCCCCUAAACACCCCCCAAGCAAAGUCCGACGGAGGAGGCUUGAGCACUGUUCCUACUACCUCACCCGAGACAGCUUCAGCACCAAGCACAACGGCCUCCUCGAUGCAAAGCAAAGACUCUGCACCAAACCCCGAUAAGGAUGAUGUCUUUUCAGACAGUGAAUCAGAGGAAUCGGUGUCUUCGAAGAGAAAAGGAGAUGAAGCGAGCGCAGCACCACAAGCUACUACUGCAGCCGAUGUAGGAUCUGUUGCCACGCCGGCUACUGCUAAAUCGGAUCAACAAGCUGCGAGUUUAACAAAAGCGACGGAACAGGUCUCUCUGGGGAAUGCAGCAUCCGAGAAACCGGUACACAUUAGUAAUCAGCCAAAGGGGGGAAAUGACACCUCGAGCGUUGGGCAUAACAACACGGAGAGCGAGUUCAAGGCAAUGGCUGCUGAUGCAUCUGUGUUCACUUUUGGGGAUGACGAAGACUAUGAUAGUGAAUGAAAUAAAUAAAAAAGGAGUAUGAUAAUCUCCUCUUUUCUUUCUGCACGGUUCUGUACAUAAUGGUUUAUGACAAGUUAUAGUAACUUGGUUCGUUGAUUCUGGAUUUAUUGGUCACCGUAAGCAAAAUGCGGACUUAAGAUGUAAGACUUCCCCUUUGCACCAGCUUGUGUGUAUUUGUUUCAUUGGAUUUUGGAAUAUAAUGUACAUAGUUCUAUUGAUGUACACCGUCCGUCUUAAUGAAAUCUUAGAAGCUUU